CAGAUCCCCGAGCUGGCGUCCUUCAGAAUCGGAAUGGCCAAUGUCUUCAUCCAGCACACCUCGGCGUCCCUGACUCUGAACGAGGUACUGGUCGACAUGGAAAUGAUCCUCAACAAGCUCGCCCCAGAGGAUGCACCCUAUAUCCACACGGACGAGGGGCCGGACGACAUGCCGGGCCAUGUCAAGAGCUCGCUCAUGGGCGUGUCGCUCAACAUCCCCAUCAGCAACGGCAAGUUUGCCCUUGGGACCUGGCAGGGCAUCUGGCUCAACGAGCACCGUGAUCACGGAGGUUCCCGUCGAAUUGUCGUGACUCUGCAGGGAGUCUGCUAG